AUGUCAUCAUUGACUAAACUUUUGGUACAGAACAAUAACCUUUUCAAAUCGGCAGUGUUAAAUGUGCAGAAUAAUUAUUUGAAUGAACAGUGUAUCAUUGUUGAUGAGAAUGAUAAACCUUUGCGUUCUGAAUCCAAGCGGUUCUGCCACUCAGCCAAAACAUUAACUCUGCAUCGUGCGUUUAGCGUUUUUCUGUUUACAACAAACCAUGAAAUGAUCCUGCAGAAACGAGCUGCUCAGAAACUGACAUUUCCAUCCGUAUGGACAAAUGCAUGUUGCAGUCAUCCGAUAUGGAACGAAGAUGAAAUGUGCACUAAAAAUAAUGUUGGAAUCCGACGAGCUGCCAGAAGAAAAUUAUAUCAUGAGUUAGGCAUUCAAUCUGUUGAUAUUGAUCAAAUGAAGAUCAUGGGCCGCUUUUUGUAUAAAGCAAUGCAUGACGACAAUUGGGGCGAACAUGAGCUUGACUAUGUUAUUAUUUUGCGCGAUUGUGAUGUAAGACAGAUUAGGCCAAAUCCGGAAGAAGUUGAAGCAGUAGCUGUUGUUUCAUCAAUGGGCGAGUUGACUGAAAUCUUGAAAAAUUGUGAAGUCUCAUUUUCUCCAUGGUUUAAUUUGUUCGUUCGAAGGAAUUUUUUGCAAAACUGGUGGCAUGACUUGGAUCGUUUGGAUGAGUUGAGAAAUUCUAGAACGAUAUAUCGGCUAAACUGA